AUGACAGUAGAGGAAGGAAGGCAGGCAAUUGAUCAAAUGGAUGCUAAUGCGCAGGUAGUAGCCGAAUCAUCGAGACGUAGUGGUCAAGGAAGGUCGGCGCGACCGGGGGUUCGGCGUUGUGGUGUCUGCGGCCAGCCCGGCCAUAAUGCAAGGACCUGUCAGGUAGUGAUUGAGACGUCUGGGGAAGAGUAUACUCACUUGUCUGUACAGCUCACUUAUCAAUUUAUUAUUAAGAACUUAGAUUAUUACGCGGGGAUAGAGAUCUAUAAUUAUAAUAACUAUUCUAAUAUAUUAAUUAAGGUUAAGCUAUAA